AAAAACAUCAUAAACCUCUUUCUAGUUCUCUCGCGGGAGGGUUUAUCACAAACCAAUCCCUAGAAAAACCCUAAUUCCCCAUUCUCCACAUGCAAAAUCCCUAAAAUUUUCCUAUUUCUUGCAAAAGAUGACAAAAGUAUACGGCACCGGAGUGUACGAUUUCCGGCGGCACCGGGUAGCCGAGUAUCCAGUGGGUGCGGACGCGCUCCCGCUGCCGGAUAAGCCGGCCGAGUCCAGACCGGUGUCCAAUGUGCCUAGCUCCAUUACCUUAAGUGAGAUUCAAAAAGACCGUCUGACGAAAAUUGCUGCCGAAAAUUGGGCGAAAACCGCAGAUUCGGGUCCAAAGAAGCCCUUCAGCCCGGACCUCGUUAAUGAAAUUUACUACACUGAAUUAACUGUUAAAGGGGGGAGAAAGCCUGUGCCAUUGCAGAGGGUGAUGAUACUAGAAGUUAGCCAAUACUUGGAGAAUUACCUUUGGCCAAACUUUAGUCCAGAGGCUGCUUCUUUUGAGCAUGUGAUGUCAAUGAUACUCAUGGUCAAUGAGAAGUUUCGGGAGAAUGUGGCUGCAUGGAUAUGCUUUUAUGACAGAAAGGAUAUGUUUAAAGCAUUUCUUGAAAGGGUACUUCGCCUCAAAGAGGGGAGAAGUCUAACUAUUGCGGAGAAGACAAAUUAUCUGCUUUUCAUGAUCAAUGCUUUUCAGAGCUUGGAAGAUGAGAUAGUAAGUGAAAGAAUUAUGAGAUUAGCAAGUCUGGAAUGUUGGCAUAGCCUCUCAUAUGGACGUUUUCAGAUGGAACUAUGUCUCAAUGAAAAUCUGAUUAAAAAAUGGAGAAGAAUUGCAAAGCGAGCGAAGGAUGCUGCAAAACGAGGGGAAGCUUUCGACCCCACAACCACGGUGGAAGCUAAAUUCUUACGAAAUAUUAUUGAGGAAUUCCUGGAUGUGCUUGACUCUGGAGUUUUUUCUUUUAAGCCAAAAAAUGAUGAGGAUAAUGAUAUUGGUGAUGUUCAUGGUUCUGAAGAUGUGGAUGAUGCAUGUGUUCUUUAUUGUGAAAGGUUUAUGGAGUUCCUUAUUGAUCUCUUAAGCCAACUGCCAACAAGGAGGUUAGUUCGGCCUCUUGUUGCUGAUGUAGCUGUUGUUUCCAAAUGUCACUUGAGCGCUCUGUAUAGGCAUGAAAAGGGGAAACUUUUUGCGCAGUUGGUUGACUUGCUUCAGUACUAUGAAGGUUUUGAGAUUGAUGAUCAUCAAGGUAGACAAAUGACUGAUGAUGAGGUUCUUCAAUCUCAUUAUAAGCGCCUCCAGGCUUUUCAGCUUCUUGCAUUUAAAAAGAUUCCAAAGUUGCGAGAACUUGCUUUGGCUAAUAUUGGGGCAAUUAACAAGCGUGCUGACCUGGCUAAAAAACUUUCAAUUCUUUCUCCUGAAGAGUUGAGAGAUUUAGUAUGUGGUAAGCUCAAACUGGUGUCGAAGGAUGAUCCAUGGUCUGAAAGAGUUUCCUUCCUAAUAGAAGUCAUGGUUUCAUUCUUUGAGAAACAACAGUCUCAGAAAGAGGCUAUAAAUGCUCUUCCACUAUAUCCCAACGAACAAAUAAUGUGGGAUGAAAGCCUCGUUCCAAGCAUUAACUACUCUGGGGAAGGGUGUCUGGCACUUCCAAAGCUUAAUUUACAGUUUUUAACACUUCAUGAUUACCUUCUUAGAAAUUUCAACCUCUUCCGCCUCGAAUCAACAUAUGAAAUCCGUGAGGACAUUCAAGAAGCUGUGCCGCAUCUUCUUGCUUACAUUAAUAAUGAAGGAGAAACUGCUUUUCGUGGUUGGUCAAGAAUGGCUGUACCAAUUAAAGAAUUCAAGAUUAGAGAGGUUAAACAACCAAAUAUUGGGGAAGUAAAGCCGUCAGCAGUGACAGCUGAAGUUACAUUUAGCAUUUCCAGCUAUAAAGCACAAAUCAGAUCUGAGUGGAAUGCCUUGAAGGAGCAUGAUGUUCUAUUUCUGCUGUCUAUUCGCCCUUCAUUUGAGCCACUAAGUGCAGAAGAAGCAGCAAAGGCAACUGUUCCCCAGAAGCUUGGUCUUCAAUGCGUACGUGGAUGUGAGAUUAUUGAAAUACGUGAUGAGGAGGGAACUCUCAUGAAUGAUUUUACAGGGAGAAUCAAACGUGAUGAAUGGAAGCCUCCCAAAGGAGAACUGAGAACUGUGACUGUUGCGUUGGAUACCGCACAAUAUCAUAUGGAUGUUUGUGAUAUUGCAGAGAAAGGUGCAGAUGAUGUGUACAGCACAUUCAACAUAUUGAUGAGGCGGAAACCUAAAGAGAACAACUUUAAAGCAAUUUUGGAAUCCAUAAGAGAUCUAAUGAAUGAAACAUGUAUUGUUCCCGAUUGGUUACAUGACAUUUUUUUGGGUUAUGGAAAUCCUUCCGCAGCGCAAUGGACCAAUAUGCCCGAUCUCAUUGAAAAGGUUGAUUUCAAAGACACUUUCCUUGAUGCUGCACAUGUUAAAGAGAGCUUUCCGAAUUAUCAGGUUAGUUUUAUAAAUUCAGAUGGCACGGAGAACUUGCAGCCAUGUUCGCCAUUCCGUAUUAAGUUUCCGAAGAAUCUUGAAGGCAAGGUCCAUGCUCUUCCUGCCAAUGUGACAUCCACAAAAUCUUUAGAAGACGCCAGCUGCAUGGAAGAUGAUCAUUCUGAUAAAUUGGAGCUUCUAGUUGAGGCUUAUGUUCCUCCUGAUCCCGGUCCAUAUCCCCAAGAUCAACCAAAGCAGAACACAGUUAGAUUUACCCCUACACAGGUUGAAGCUAUCAUUUCAGGUAUUCAGCCUGGUUUAACUAUGGUGGUUGGUCCACCUGGUACAGGAAAAACAGAUACAGCUGUGCAAAUCCUGAAUGUUCUUUACCAUAAUUGCCCUUCUCAGAGAACUUUGAUAAUUACUCAUUCAAAUCAGGCUCUGAAUGAUCUUUUUGAAAAGAUUAUGGAGAGGGAUGUGCCAGCUCGAUACCUUCUUCGGCUGGGUCAAGGUGAGCAAGAAUUGGCAACUGAUCUUGAUUUUAGCCGCCAGGGCCGUGUGAAUGCCAUGCUUGUUCGGCGACUCGAACUCCUUAGUGAAGUGGAGCGCCUUGCAAGAUCUCUUCAAUUGCCCGAGGAUGUAGCAUAUACUUGUGAAACUGCUGGAUACUUCUGGUUGCUUCAUGUGUACUCACGUUGGGAGCAAUUUUUAGCUGCUUGUGCUGAGAAUCAAGACAAACCAACUUUUGUUCAGGACCGUUUUCCUUUUAAGGAGUUCUUUUCUAAUACUUCCAAGCCAGUUUUCAUGGGCGAAUCCUUCGAGAAAGACAUGCGUGCAGCUGAAGGUUGCUUCCGGCACUUGAAAACUAUGUUUCAGGAGCUUGAGGAAUGUAGGGCAUUUGAGUUGCUCAAGUCAACAGUUGAUAGGUCAAACUAUCUCAUGACCAAGCAAGCAAAAAUAGUAGCUAUGACUUGCACCCAUGCUGCCCUUAAACGGAAAGAUUUUCUUCAUUUGGGCUUUAAAUAUGACAACUUGUUAAUGGAGGAAAGUGCUCAAAUUUUGGAAAUUGAGACUUUCAUUCCAAUGUUGCUCCAAAGGCAGGAAGAUGGUUAUGCUCGGCUUAAACGUUGUAUAUUGAUUGGUGACCAUCACCAACUGCCUCCUGUUGUGAAAAAUAUGGCUUUUCAGAAGUACAGCCAUAUGGAUCAGAGCCUGUUCACAAGAUUCGUGCGUCUAGGAAUUCCCUAUAUUGAGCUCAAUGCCCAGGGAAGAGCUAGGCCUAGUUUAGCGAGACUUUACAAUUGGAGAUAUAAAGACCUUGGCGAUCUUCCAUAUGUGAGGGAGAAUGAUGUCUUCCACAGAGCAAAUGCUGGAUUUGCCUAUGACUAUCAGUUAGUGGAUGUUCCUGAUUACAAUGGGAGAGGUGAGAGUGCGCCUUCCCCCUGGUUCUAUCAAAAUGAAGGAGAGGCUGAGUAUAUUGUUAGUGUCUAUAUGUACAUGCGUUUACUCGGGUAUCCAGCACACAAAAUAUCGAUACUGACAACAUACAAUGGUCAGAAACUUCUGAUUCGCGAUGUUAUUAACAGACGAUGUGUCCCUUAUGACUUCAUUGGUCCACCACACAAGGUAGCCACUGUCGACAAGUUUCAAGGACAACAAAAUGAUUUUAUCUUGUUAUCUCUGGUUCGUACCCGCUUCGUGGGGCACCUUCGUGAUGUAAGAAGAUUGGUGGUUGCAAUGUCUCGUGCUCGACUGGGGCUUUAUGUUUUCUGUCGGCGUUCUCUGUUUGAACAAUGCUACGAACUGCAACCCACAUUUCAACUUCUGCUUCAGAGGCCUGAUCGUCUUGCUCUAAAUCUAAAUGAGUUCACAGCAUUUACAGAUCGUCAUGUUGAAGACACAGGACCAAUUCAACUUGUUAGUGGACUUGAGGAGAUGGCCAGCAUUGUAAAUUACAAAAUGCAUCAGGUUUACCAGGCACGGGUACAUCAGCUUAAUGAAUUUUCAGCUUAUCAAGCAGACGUCUCUACAAAGAUUGAUAGAUCUGAAGAAAAUGGCAUGGAGAAUGGAGAGACCUCUCUCCAUGCCAUGGAUAUUGAUACGCAUGACUCAGCAAAUGGUGGUGAUAAGGAUAUCUUACUUGAUGGUAAGUCGAAUGAUUCAGCUGCGCCGGAGCCUUCUGCGGAAGAGGAUGGAGAUGUGUAAUCCUGGAUGAUGCAUAGAGAUUUAUGUUCUAUGAUUACUAGAUGAUGCAGCAGCAAUUGAAACCAAUUUGUGUUAAGAGCAAGAUGAAACGGGCAAUCAAGGAUUGCAGCCUUUCCCACCUGGAAUUCGCGUUGUAUUUUGGUUCCAGGUCCUAGCUGGACUCUGGAGUUAUGGCUGCAUUGUGACGCACAAAUACUUGUACCAGCAUUUAUGGCACUAGAGCGGAUAAGUGUGCUACUCGAUUUCCAAACAGAGGCUGUAGCUAUUGUUGGUUGAUAUCCUUUUAUAGUUGUAUAUGUACAAUCUAUUUCCUAUGGACUUGGCUCGUCUGUCUUUCCAUGUUGUUUUUCUUGGACAUGUUAGGACCUGUAAGUCUUAAGUUAAUUUGAUGGAUGGCAUAAAUGCUUUGCUUGAUAUAGGUCCAUGUCAUUUUCCAUCCAAUUGUGCUGUAAUGACAUAGAUCAGGUACUUGUCUCCCAAGUUGUUUGAUAAGGCAUGGGGGACAGUGAACGUUAAUACUUAUCUUUGUUAACUGGAGGAAAGGGAAACGGCAAACAUCCCAAUUUCAUACUUCAA